AUGGAUGCUGGUGAAACCUCGUCCGGGUCCAAUGACCGUCUCUCUUCUCUGGUCACUGAAUUGCGGGAGAAGAUCAUUGUCGAAUUGGACCCCGUCAGCGUUAUUGCUAUUUCACAAACCAACAAAGCUCUCCGAAAUACAGUCGAUCCCGGAGAGCAAGACACCGACAACUGUAUUUUGGCUUUGGAGCUCACACCAGAGUACGGAGGUCCUGAUGUCCCAUUAGACUGGCUCAGAGGGGGGUUCUAUACCGGAGACUAUAAUAAACGAUUUUCGGAGGCUGGCAUUGAAUCUCACCGUUGGGCAUGCACGAGAUGUCACCGCUUGCGUAGCCAUGUCUGGUUUGACAACCAAUCGGUGAUAGGCCUGGGUUAUCAGAAGCCGGACAUCGGUACUCCUGCUGCAGCGCCCAACCCGUGGGUGCCAGCGUCAAUGAGGAAAGACGCCGCAGUGGAUGCAUCCUGUACAGACCCAGCGACACAGGCAAGACACCAACUCUUCUUGCACAUCUUGGGUCUUGAUGUGCGCAAUAUCAUUUCAGGGUGCCCCGAUCAGCGCAGGUUCGGGCUGGCACAAGCUGGAGCCCUCGGCAUCCCAGAUGUGGCUGCUUUGGCCCAGCAGCCUCUGCAACGCGGCACACAGAAGCGAAUUAUCGAACAGAUCAAUGAUGAAUACAAGGCGCUAGACGCCGACCUGCGCGGCGAUAAGAGGAGGUUCCGCACCUGCAUCGAAUGCCAGGUCCGACUGGUCCAUGAUGCCGGCAGGGCAUGCGGCCGCAGCAUCGAUCCAUACCCUCCCAUUGUUAGGAGCAGGCCAAUGAACUUCAAAUCGGUUCUGCACCGUUUCUUCCCAGAAGUUGCGGCCUGGCCCUCGCAGGCGCCGACGCCGUGGCCUGAGUACACGGGAAUGGGAAUUAACGGUAUGACUAUGCGCCCCCUCCUCGACAUGCGAGACGGGGAUAAGCAGUUCAGAAUGCACCUCAUACGAUGCCCCGAGUGCCACACAUGGCAGGAGCAGCGGGCGUUUCGCUUGAUUGAGCCAGACAUGUUGCACGAUCCCCCGACCCAAGAGUACGAAACCGCCAUCCAAAAGAAAGCUGGGCGCGAAAUAGGAGUACGCCAGCUGCUCAUGCUGGAGGAGGACGUGUUGUGCAACCACUGCUUUUACAAGGAGCACGGAGCGGACGACCUGGAGGACGAGCUUGUCUGGACCUUCAGGUUCGUCGUCACCAGGGAGAUAGCGCAGGUCAGGCGCCAUGUGUACGAGGGUUGGCAGACCUGCUUGCGCCUCAUGGGGGAUCAGGACGAGGAAAUGGUGGACGAGGUCUACGAGCACGCUGACCCUGACGUUCCGCGAGCCUACAAGCUGUACAGGGACGAGCCCAAUAUGACCAUGGAGGAACUGGAGGCCGUGACGGCCACAAGGUUCUACAAGUUUGCGGCCGCGGCGAGCGAGAUAAUGCUGUCUGAGCGGUGGGCUCCCACCGCUGGGCUAGGCUGCUUCAUCUGGGCGGCCACGGCUCGCAAUUUCAUUGAACAAUGGCUCUACCUGGAGAAUGCCCUGGCCAGAAUGGAGGCAGGAACCGACUCGCUGUCGGAGUGGGCGCUGGCCAGGCACGGUCCAAGCCUGGAUUGA